AUGCCUUCAGCUGCGAAUGCAAAGUCUGAAAAACCAGCCUCUUCGGAGGCUACGGAUAAUUCCCCAGUACGGCAAAUCAUAACAGUUAUUGAACACAAAAUUCGCAAUUUAGAGAAACGAAAGAGUAAGUUGACAUCAUAUCGUGACCUGCAAAAGGCUGGUAAAGAAUUAAACACUGAUCAAAAAGUAGCAGUUGCUAAGUAUGAUGAAGUGGCUCAAACAUUGGAUUUUGCGAGAGAUCUCUCCAAACAAAUUACUGCAAUUGCAUCUUCAGCCGAACGUGAGGCAAAAAAGCAAGCUAAAAAGGAUGCCUGGGUGCGCUAUGCUGCAGAAACCAACAAGAUACGUGAAGUUCUCUUAAUUCUGGAUUGCCUUAUGCAAAUGGGCAAUUCAGAGGCCAGGGAAGACUUUCUGAAUGGCACUAAUGGAGCAGUUAAACUUACAGAAGAGGAUUUGAAAAUUUUGGAUGAUUUAUACCCUGAAGUUACACCCAAACAUGAAUUAACUGAGGAAGGGCAAUCUGCUUUUCACAUACAAACAGUAAAAGCGGCUGAACAUCUCUAUGCCAUUAUUGAUGGUAAACCUAAGGAGGUUUUAGGAACAACAUAUGCUCAUAUCAAAGAAAUAGUUACUUCUGUACAUGAAUGUGGCUAUUUUGACAAAUCUACAGAGUGUGUGGCAGAAGAGAUAGAAGAAAAUCAAGUUAUUGUUGAAGAAGAACAACAAAUAGCUCCCUUGGAAUUGGAAGAGCUUAAUGCUGCUCCUCAUUACCCUCCACCUAAUGUUCUUCCAGCACCUCCUGCUCCUGCAGUUGUUCCAGCACCAGCAUAUCCCCUACGCCCCCUUCCUCCAAUAACCUUACAAGAGGUUGAACAUGCCUACUUUUCUCAACAGUAUCCACAACAGAGACCUAUUUCAGAAGUAAUAGGAUCUCAAAACUUCUUCUUCUUGCAAGAGUCAGAGAUUGACAGCCCUGUCGGUACACCCCAACCACCACAAAUUAUGAACCAACCUUCACCGCCUGGACCGAUACCAACGCAGACAUUCACGAACCAGCACUUUGUCCAACUGCCUGGUCGUGUUCCAGAACCCACACCAAUGCCAAUGCCCCCCCAGCCACACUUUCCUCCACACCCUGAACACGCUGCUUACCCAGGUGUACCGAUGCCUGCACCUAUUCCACCGCCACAACAACCCGCGCAUCCCCAAGCUAUGCCUCAACCUCCAUUGCAGCCUGCUCCCCAAGCCAUGCCACAAACAGUUAUCAUUGAACAACAAACAAUUCUGGCGGAGGAGCGUAAAGCUCCUACACCCAUAGAAGACAGAAAUGAUGACGAAUGGAAAGAAAGCCGAAGCCCUGAGCAGGAAGAUGGUAGUGAACGAAGAACGCAAGGCCAGGGUGACGGGCAAAAUAGAUACAGACGAUACGGUCGCAACGGCAGGGGUGCCCCCAACGGAUACCGCGGACGCGGCAACUUCCAGAACCGACAGAACGACGGAUACCACCCGCGCGGUGAAUACCAGAAUAGGGUGAACAAGGAUGGCUAUCAGAGCAGGCAGUAUGACGGCUAUCAGAAUAGACACAAGGACGGUUACCAAAACAGGGGCAACGACGGCUAUUACGGCAAUGGAGACACGGGCGACAGUCACCAGCACAACGAAAACGGCGGUCGCGACAGAUACGACGGCAACCAGGGUUAUCAGGGCGGGUUCAAGAGCCGCGGCCGGGGAGGACCCCGCGGAGGACCCCGCGGAGCACCCCGCGCUCCCCGCCCCCAACAAUACAAUCGCAAGCCCGACAACGCCGAA